CUAGCAAUGCUCGUAGUUGCUUAACCAAUAUACUGUACUGAGGAAAUAGUGAUAAAAGGUUUAAAGAUUUUAAUUACUAAUGUUACAAUCGAAAAAAUUUCGAUUUAUACCACCUCACCACAAAAAUAUUGUGUGCCAAAAAUUAUAAAAAACGGAGGCGCCACGGCCACAAGGGACCGGUUGAUUCUUCUCAUAAAAUUUCAAUGUGUUCUGGAAAUGGUUUGCAAAGAGGACGUGGUAUCAUGGUUUAAAGAAUUGGAAAGCUAUAAACGUAUAGAUGCAAUGUGUACAUUACUAAAUAUGUGCUUGCCAUUCGAACUACGUUUCAUUGGGACAUACUUGGAAGAACUCGGAAAACGAGACUUUCAGGAGUUGCGUGGUGCAGAACUCAGAGCCAAUAACCCGACAGAUCUUGCCGCAGAUAUUGGGGGAGCAGACACAGACUCUAGGACGCGGCGAAAAAUGGCUCUAUAUGUCUCUUUACUGAGAUCUUGUAACUUCGCUUGUGCUACCACAUUGUAUAAUGCUAUGGUAAAUUUAGAGCAAAGUGGCCUUCUGAAAGGUUUAUAUGGUGAUCUACUCGAAGAAAUUUUGCUACUAUAUACAAUGGCACUUCAUCACCCAGCCUUUACUUUUGACCAAAAGUCACAUUUUGGUGACAUAUUAGAAAAAUUAAAACUGGAAGAUCAGCGGAUACAGUAUCAAGAGCAACAAGAACAUAUAAAUGUUGCACCAGUGAGCAGUUGCCAUACUCAGCCUAGUAUCACACCUAACAUGUCUGUUCCACCACCUAAUAUGACAAAUAUGGGGCCACCGCCUGGGAUCAUGUUUGUAAAGACUUCAGGGGUUCAGGCUCCCAGUACAGAUGCAGUGCAAGAAAUUAACUCUCCGACAGUGAUAACUAGUGGCGGAGGUCUGCCCAUGCUGUCUGAUGUGCCUCACCCACCACCAGGAUUACCUAUACCACAGUAUAAUAUAGGAGAAUAUAUGGGACAGCAUACUUGGCCAGCAAAUAUUAUUGUGUCACCACUGAAUCAACCUAUAGAGGUGUUAAAUUUCGGUGCGCCGGGUGCGCCGCCGUCCCCGCUGGUGUCGUCGCCGGGCGACAGCCGCGCGGCGUCUCCCCGCUCGCGGCGCCGCCUGUCGCGCGACCGCUCGCCGCCGCUGCCCACUGACCCGCCUAUAGCGCAUCUAGCCGCCAACUUCGACACUUUGGCUGUUGGCGAGUUAAGACAUACGAUCGGCGAGGAGCGGCUGCGCGAGAUCAGCGCGGUGCACCACCAGUACCGGUCGCUGGAGAAGCUGAACGGGGUGCGGCGGCGCGCCGGCGCGUACUGCCCGCCCGCGCGCUCGUCGUCCGACAGCGGGUCGAGCGCCGCGUCGUCCCCGCCGGGCACGCCCGCGCCCGCGCCGCGCCGCCCCGCGCCCUCCGCGCCCGCGCCGCCCGCGCCCGGCCCGCCCGUGCCCUUCAUCCCCUACCCGCGCCCCUACCCGUACCCGACGCCGCCGCCCGCCUACCGCCCGCCGCCGCCGCCCUUCGCCAACGGCGAGCCGCCGCCGUACCCCGCGCCGGCGCCGUACGCCGGCUUCGUGCCCGUGCUGUACGCGCCGCCGAAGCUCUCGUGCUGGAACUGCGGCGCCGCCGGCCACGCGGGCCACGAGUGCAAGGAGCCGAGCAUGGAGGAGAUGACGCGCGCGGGCGGCUACCAGCUCGACUUCGGCGGCGCGCCCCCGCCCGAGGCCGCCGACAAGUAGGCGCCGGCCCGGGCCCGCCGCGGCGCCGCACUCCCCUGUAAUAUAAGACGGACGGUUUCGAUCCCGGAUCGAAUGUUCCACGGUGACGUCACUCGACGCGCUUCGAGGCGGACGCGCUCGGACGAUGAAUCGUUUCAUUUAUAUUUAUAAGUGAUUGCACUUUUGAUUGUUUUUAGGCCCAGUAAAUCGGUAUUAGAGUAAAUAAGAAUACUUUCGAAAAAGUACAAAGUUUAAACAUAUAUACCUAAUAAUUAGUCUGUUAAUGAACGAUCAGUCCGUAGAAUUAAAAGUGCAGUUACAGAGUGAUUAUGACCAACCUCAGAAUCGUUUGGGAAUUCCAUGUCAAAUCGGGUAUUAGUAACGACUGAACCGGUGAAAUAAAUUCUUAAAACGGUAUCACAGUUGUGUUACGAAUUUUAUAAUUAUUAUUGGGAAAUUGAAAUUUUUUGAAAAUAUUUAAAAUUUUUGAAGUGACAUUUUUUUAUUAUAUUUAUAAAGUGCCAUAACAUAUUUCGUAACAAAAUUAUUAAGAAAAAUAUAAUAGAAACAUAAACUCACGUCGUUUUAUAUUUAUAACGUUUUACGCACACAUAGUUCUUUUAACUAAAUCUAGUUUUUUUAAGUGUAUUUUAUAUUGAUUUUUAAAUUAGCUCAUAAAUAUUUAUCAAUUUUGUUAAUUAUGUUGAAAAAUAUAGUAUCCAAAAUUGU